AAGUCACGGCAGCCUCUCCUCCUUGGGGUGAGAGGCUGCACAACUCAGCCCUGGGUGAGAAGUAAGACCGAGGAAGAGCAAGCCCAGAGGGCCACCAUGAAACAAAGACUCGCGCUUGCAGCCUUGUUCUUGGCGCUUCUGUUCGCAGUGUUCCUGGCGGUGGGCGAAGGGAAAGAACUGGUGUUGGGAAAAGCGGGGCAGUCGGUGGAACUGCCCUGUCAGUCUUCUCUGAGGAAGAAUAUGCAAUUCAUCUGGAAACACACAAACCAGUCCAAGAUUCUAACAGCAGCUAAGUUUGGCCUAGUGAGUCGAGGUCACCGGGAUUGGCACCGUCGCUUUGACUCAAAGAAAAACCUGUGGGAUCAAGGAUCGUUCCCGCUCAUCAUCAGCGAACUGGAGAUGAGGGAUUCAGACAGCUACAUCUGUGAGGUGGAAAGGGUGGUCACGGAGGUUGAGCUGCAAGUGUACAGAUUGACUCUCAGCCCGGAGUCUCCCGUGAUGCAUGGCGAGACCCUCACCUUGACUCUGGAGACACCCCCAAACACGAACCCCUCCGGCCAGUGCAGGAGUCCCCGGAACCAAGUGAUGCGCUUGGACAAGGUGCUCACGCUGCCCAAGGUGGACGUCUCGCAGAGCGGCAGAUGGACCUGCACCAUCUCCCAGAAGAACAAGGAGCUGCAGUUUGACCUGGACAUCCGGGUACUGGGUUUUCUCCAGAUGGUGGACACGGUGUACAAGGCUGAGGGGGAGCCAGUGCAGCUCUCUUUCCCGUUUAACAUGAAUGACGAGAGCCUGAACGGCGAGCUGAGGUGGCGGGCCGAGGGGACAUCUGGGUCGCAGUCCUGGCUCACCUUCUCCUUGAGAAGCGGGAAGCUGAUGAACAUCACAGUCCCCCAGGACCCCAAGCUGCAGGUGCCUGAGAGCCUCCCCAUCCGGGUCCAACUAGCCAAAGCCCAGCCGAAGUACGCCGGGUCUGGCAACCUGACUGUCAAGCUUGCUAGAAGAACACUGAGUCAGCCCUUGAAUCUGGUGGUGAUGACAAUGGCCCUGCAGGGGCGCCAUCUUGUCUGCAGGGUUCUGGGACCCGUCUCCCCAAAGCUCCACCUGAGCCUGCAUCCGGGUAACCAGACGGCCAGGGUGUCAAAGCAGGAGAAGGAGGUGCGUGUGGAGGACCCAGAAGCAGGAUUGUGGCAGUGUCUCCUGAAGGACGCAGCCAAGGCCCUGCUGCAGGCCCAGCUUGAGGUCCAGUCUGCACUGUGGAGCCCAGGCCAGCCCACGUUCCUGGCUGUGGUGGCUGGGGGCGCCCUAGGCCUUGUGGUCUUCCUGGCGUUGUUCAUUUCCUGCUGUGUAAAAUGGCGCCGUGGUCGGCGCCAGGCCGAGCGGAUGUCUCAGAUCAAGAGGCUGCUGAGUGAGAAGAAGACCUGCCGGUGUCCCCACCGGCUACAGAAGACUCACAAUUUACUGUGAGCUGAAGACCUUGGCUGGGGGUGGGGGGGCUCCCCCCCACCCCGCCCCACCCCGUGCCCCAGCUCUCUGCUCUGCAUUUCCGGUCAGGCUUGGGCCUGUGGACCAGAUGAAUGUAGCAGAUGGCGGAGCUGCUGGCCUCUUCCUCCUCCUGGCUCCAACACCCAACAUUGUCUCUUCUUUAUUUCCCAGCUCCACCAGCGCCAUUUUGCACUUUGCCCUCCUCUGAUAAUCCUCCUAGAAUUCCUUCCCCAGAUAUUGACUUAGGUUCCGGUGGAGGGUAUGGGAACAGCUCUGGCUAGCGCUGAGGGGAAGGCUGGGCAUCUGGAAGCAUCCAUGACCAUCUCUCUUGAUUUGGGCCCAAAUCCCACACGCGAUCAGCAGUAGGCGCCAAUCCAAAGGAGACCUGCCAGUCCCACCGGCCUCGCGCUCCCUGUCUCUCCUGCUUCUGCCACUUCCAGACUUGUAUAGCACCAGGCCCUCUGAAUACACACCUAUGUGCACACUCACACUCAUCCACAGACAAACGAGUUUCAUGGCUGGGCCCUAGUGGCUCACGCCUGUCAUCCUAGCUACUCAGGAGGCUGAGAUCGGAGGAUCAUAGUUCGAGGCCAAUCUGGGCAGACACACCUCAGAGCUGCUCAUUUCUAAUUAACCAGAAAAAAAAAAAAAAAACUAGAAGUAGAGCUAUGGCUCAAG